AGGAGGAGGAGGUGGCUGUCGCGGCCGCCGAGGAGUCUCUUGCUGAAGGCGGACCGCGGGGCGGCGGGCGUCGCGCGCGCGCGCGCGCGCCCGAGAGGCGGCUGUUGGAGAAGUGGAGCGGCGGUCGCGGGGGGAGGAGGAGGAGGGACUGAGCGGCGGCGGCCCCCGUGUCCCGGUGCCUCUAUGGGGGAAGCAGACAAUGGAUUAUGAUUUCAAGGCGAAGCUGGCGGCGGAGCGGGAGCGGGUGGAGGAUUUGUUUGAGUACGAAGGGUGCAAAGUGGGACGCGGCACCUACGGGCACGUCUACAAGGCGAGGCGGAAAGAUGGAAAAGAUGAAAAGGAAUAUGCAUUGAAGCAAAUUGAAGGCACAGGAAUAUCCAUGUCGGCUUGUAGAGAGAUUGCACUUUUGCGAGAAUUGAAGCAUCCUAAUGUGAUCGCUUUGCAGAAGGUGUUCCUUUCUCACAGUGACAGGAAAGUGUGGCUGCUGUUUGAUUAUGCAGAGCAUGAUUUGUGGCAUAUUAUUAAGUUUCACCGCGCAUCUAAAGCAAAUAAAAAGCCCAUGCAGUUGCCAAGAUCUAUGGUGAAGUCAUUACUUUACCAGAUUCUUGAUGGUAUCCAUUACCUCCAUGCAAAUUGGGUACUUCACAGAGACCUGAAACCAGCAAAUAUCCUAGUAAUGGGAGAAGGUCCUGAGAGGGGGAGAGUCAAAAUAGCUGACAUGGGUUUUGCCAGAUUAUUCAAUUCUCCUCUAAAGCCCCUAGCAGAUUUGGAUCCAGUAGUUGUGACAUUUUGGUAUCGGGCUCCAGAACUUUUGCUUGGUGCAAGGCAUUAUACAAAGGCCAUUGAUAUAUGGGCAAUAGGUUGCAUAUUUGCUGAAUUGUUGACUUCAGAACCUAUUUUUCACUGUCGUCAGGAAGAUAUAAAAACAAGCAAUCCCUUUCAUCAUGAUCAACUAGAUCGGAUAUUUAGCGUCAUGGGGUUUCCUGCAGAUAAAGACUGGGAAGAUAUUAGAAAGAUGCCAGAAUACCCAACACUUCAAAAAGACUUUAGAAGAACAACGUACGCCAACAGUAGCCUCAUAAAGUACAUGGAGAAACACAAGGUCAAGCCUGACAGCAAAGUGUUCCUCUUGCUUCAGAAACUCCUCACUAUGGAUCCAACCAAGAGAAUUACCUCGGAGCAGGCCCUGCAGGAUCCCUAUUUUCAAGAGGACCCUUUGCCAACAUUAGAUGUGUUUGCUGGCUGCCAGAUUCCAUAUCCCAAACGAGAAUUCCUUAAUGAAGAUGAACCUGAAGAAAAAGAAUCAGCAACAGCAGCAGAAUCAACAUCAGCAGCCCACAGCCCCUCCACAGCAGGCAGCAGCCCCUCCACAGGCACCCCCGCCACAGCAGAACAGCACCCAGACCAAUGGGACUACAGGAGGGACUGGGGUUGGGGGCACUGGAGCAGGGCUGCAGCACAGCCAGGACUCCGGCCUGAAUCAGGUGCCUCCAAACAAGAAGCCACGGCUAGGGCCUUCAGGUGCAAACUCAGGUGGGCCUGUUAUGCCGUCAGAUUAUCAGCACUCCAGUUCUCGCCUGAAUUACCAAAGCAGUGUUCAGGGAUCCUCUCAGUCCCAGGGCACACUAGGCUACUCCUCCUCGUCUCAGCAAAGCGCUCAGUACCACCCAUCUCACCAGGCCCACCGGUACUGAACAGCCACCCCCUACUUGGCCCAGGCCAGCCCCCAGCACAGACUCCAGCAAUAUGAUGUCUGCAUUGAAAAGAACCAAAUGAUGCAAACUGUGAUGCCAUUUAAAACUCAUACACUUGGGAAGAUAACCUUAUAGAUGAGCAUUUUGCAGGACUGAUAUCUCUUCUUUAUUGACUUAAAGAAGAUUCUUUUGAAGUUUCCCCAACACCCCUUUCCCGCAUGUGUUCCAUUGUGACUUCUUGAUAAAGCGUCUGAUCUAAUCCCAGCACUUCUGUAACCUUCAGCAUUUUUUGAAGGAUUUCCUGGUGCACCUUUCUCAUGCUGUAGCAAUCACUAUGAUUUAUCUUUUCAAAGCUCCUGUAAUAGGAUUUUAAUGUUUUAGAAACAGGAUUCAGUGGUGUAUAGUUUUAUACUUCAUGAACUGAUUUAGCAACACAGAUGAAAAUGCGCCUUUUAAAGCACUACGUCGUUUUCACAAACUAACUGUUUUGCUCAUGGAAGUCUUAAACAGAAACUGUUACUGUCCCAAAGUACUUUACUAUUAUGUUUUUUAUUUAUCUAGUUUCAGGGAACGUAAGUGGUGGGACAGAGGGAUUCUACAACCAAAAACAGCUGAGAUCUUUCCAGUUACUAUGCUUAAUGCUAUUGAAGAAUUGAACUAUGUGGUAAAUUUUUAUAUAAUCAUUGAUAUGGAACUUAGUUCCCAUCUUAUUCUGAAUAGUAUUCAGUAAUUAAGAAUUAUAAUUUUAACCUUCAUUAGCUAAGUCUACCUUAAAAAGGGUUUCAAGAGCUUUGAUGGAAUAUAGUCCUCUGGUGACCCACACCAGGAUGCUGAAGAGAAUAUUAACUGCACUAGGAUUUCUUGAAGGAGUAAUGUUGAUUAAAGGAUGUGUUACUUCCCUUUGAAGGAAAAGCUUUUAGUGUGUAUUGUACAUAAAGUUGGCUUCUCUAAAGAACUGUUGGUUUCUUCACAUCUAGGUCUGCGUGAGUAACUUUCUUACAUAAUCAGGGGUACUCAAAUAGAAGCCUGCAAAUUAAUCUGCUUUUAAAAUGAAGAGCAGUAUCCUCCAUUUGUAUUUGCAUUAGAUAUAGAAUGACUAUUUUUAAAGCAUGUUAAAAAUUUAGGUUUUAUUCAUGUUUAAAGUAUGUAUUAUGUAUG